AUCUUUUUCAAUUGUAUUUCAACUCUUUUGAUUUUUCUCACGUGAAAUUAUAUCCACUUGCAAAUCUUCAUGUGACUCAAUAUCCCUCUCUCUAUAGUCUAUAUACAUAUAUAUAUAUAUAUAUGAAUAUAAGGGACUUGUUGAAUAAACUCCGAGUUUUUGCAUGGUUGGCAAAUUCUUAUAACCCCACCCUUUGUUCCUCUUACACGCUUUCUAGUUUAUUUCUUCCUCUAAUAGCUUUUCUUUUUGUCUUCUUCGUAAUUUGCUCAAAAUCUGUUCUUUACUCUGCAGCCAACUUUUCACUGAGGCUGGGAGAGACAGAGAUUGAUCUCAACUAAAAGAGGCUUUUCAUUAGAUCUGGAUUCUUGAGUUUUACAAAGAAGUCCAGAGAAACCAAAUAUGAAGUUUGGGAAAGAUUUUGUUAGGCAGAUGAUUCCAGAAUGGCAACAAGCUUACAUGGAUUAUGCUGGUCUCAAAUCUAUUCUUCAAGAAAUCCAAACUUCACGGAAAAGAUCAGAGAGACCAGGUAUCUUGAAACGCAAGCUAUCUGGUAGCCGCAACUUCAGCGGCCUGACAAAGCGGUAUAGCCGCACCGCCUCGACUCGGGAACCAGAAAUUCAGGACAUUCUGGUGCACGCAACUACUGGGGAUGAUGGGUUUGAGAGAUACGAGACAACCAUCUUGGAAGUUGCAGAGGCGGGGAGAGAGUCAGAGCUUGCGUUCUUUAAAACCCUAGAUCUUGAAUUCGAUAAAGUUAACCAUUUUUACCGGUCUAAAGUGGAGGAAAUGGUGAAGGAGGCAGUGGUUUUGAACAAACAAAUGGAUGCUCUCAUUGCUUUCAGAAUCAAAGUUGAGCGACCUUCUUCUUCGUGGAGCUGCUCUGAAACAGUUUCAGUGGAUAUGAAUGCCUUAGAUUCUAAUGACCAGAGGAAUACAUUAGCUGAGGAGAUGGGAAUCAGAGUAGAGGGAAAUGGAUCCAACGGUGGAGAUUCAACGAAAGAGAGUGUACCACAAGUGUUAAGUGUUCUUGAACGUAUCAGAUUAAACAAAACUCAGGAAACUCCUCUCUCCACAAUUAAAAACGUCCUCAAGCUCUCUAACCAAGAAGAGCUCAAAUUCACUAGAGAGAAUCUCAAGAAAAUAGAAGAACGGCUUAAGAAUGUCUUCAUCGAGUUUUAUCGCAAGCUUCGACAUCUCAAGAAUUACAGCUUCUUGAACACUUUGGCUAUUUCCAAGAUCAUGAAAAAGUAUGAUAAGAUUGCUUCAAGAAGUGCAGCAAAACCAUACAUGGAGAUGGUUGAUAAGUCCUACCUCACUAGCUCUGAUGAGAUCAACAAGCUUAUGUUGAGAGUUGAGUCAACCUUCGUUGAACAUUUCGCCGGUUUGAAUCGAAGCAAAGGAAUGAAUCUCUUAAGACCAAAAGUAAAGAAAGAAAAACAUCGAAUAACGUUUUCCACUGGCUUUUUCGUCGGUUGCACAGUCUCUCUAGUGGUAGCUCUAGUCAUGUUUAUCCAUGCUCGUAAUAUAAUGGGCGCAGUUGGACAUAAAGUCUACAUGGAGACAAUGUUCCCUCUUUACAGUUUAUUUGCAUUUGUGGUUCUGCAUAUGAUCAUGUAUGCUUCAAACAUAUACUUUUGGAAGCGAUAUCGAGUGAAUUAUCCGUUUAUAUUCGGUUUUAAAGAAGGAACAGAGCUUGGUUAUAGACAUGUUCUGCUUCUAAGCUUUGGUCUCGGCACGCUUGCUCUCUGCGCUGUUCUAAUAAACCUUGACAUGGAGAUGGAUCCUAACACUAAUGACUACAAAACCAUGACUGAACUUCUUCCCAUGUUUAUUUUGGCUCUAGUGGUAGCUAUUUUGUUCUGUCCUUUCAACAUCUUUUAUCGGUCAAGCCGCGUCUUCUUCCUCAUGGUUGUCUUCCGCUGCAUUGCUGCGCCACUCUACAAGGUUAAUCUUCCAGAUUUUUUCUUGGCAGACCAAUUAACAAGUCAGGUUCAAGCACUAAGGAGUUUGGAGUUUUACAUAUGUUACUAUGGUUGGGGAGACUUCAAGCACAGGCAAAAUACUUGCAGAUCAAGCGAUGUAUACAGUACAUUCUACUUCAUCGUUGCUGUGAUACCUUACUGGUCACGUUUUCUUCAGUGUGUUCGAAGAUUGAUCGAAGAGAAUGAUUCAAGUCAAGGCUACAAUGCUCUCAAGUAUUUAUUAACCGUUGUGGCUGUUUGCUUGAGAACAGCUUACAGCUUUAACAGAGGAAACAUCUGGAAAAUCUCUGCCUGGGUUUUCUCGGCAUUGGCAACUUUUUACGGCACAUAUUGGGACAUUGUUUUUGAUUGGGGAUUACUUCACAGACCAUCUAAACAUUUGUUGAGAGAGAAGCUUCUUGUUCCUCACAAAGCCGUCUACUACGUUGCAAUCGUGAGAACUAUGAAAAUCAAAAGAACAGUACAAUUCCUGAUUGAUGGUUUCCUUAUAAGUUUUGUUUCUGCCUCUUCUUCUUUGUAGGUCUUAAACAUUGUGUUGAGGAUGGCGUGGUUGCAGACUGUGCUUGAUUUCAAUUUAUCGUUCUUACAUCGAGAAACGAUGAUUGCUCUUCUUGCUGCUCUUGAGAUCAUACGUCGUGGUAUCUGGAAUUUCUUCAGGUUGGAGAAUGAACACUUGAACAAUGUGGGAAAGUUCAGAGCAUUCAAAUCAGUUCCGUUACCAUUCAACUACAACGAGGAGGAAGAUCGAGAUAGUUAACUCUUAGAUUAGAUCUAAUCAAGGUUUCUCCAAAGAGUGGGGUUUCAAUUUUGUUUAGAACUUGCUUGUCUCUGUUUGUAAUCAUUAAAGAGAAGGAAAUGAGCACAAUGAGGCUUCGGAUAUAACUAUCUUACCUAGGGUUAUCAUUGUGCUCGCUAUCACAAUGUGCCCAAAUCAGAUCUCAAACCAAAAUUAGUCCAUAAAACUACCAAACACGAGCUACUUUGACUAUGAUAAACCAAAAAUUACCCUUGAAAUGACACUCGAG